AUGGCAUUCCUUCGAAAACGGAUGAUAUGUUGUAAAGCAUUGAUGGUGUUGGCCCUGGUAGUGAUGGUAUCACAAACACCUGGCGGUGACAGCUGUUACUUGGACCAGGCUGAUGGUGAGGCGACUGGCGACCUGGACCAGGUGGGCUUGAUAGUGACGCAGGUCCUAGUUCACAAUUUUCCUAGGUGCCACCUGGUGCUUCUGACUCUCAGCUCACACUCCCGAACAUUUCCCAGUGUUCUCAGACACUUGAGUGCAGGUGGAAAGGCUGGUAUAGUAGUGGAGGUGGGGUCAGUGGUCUUCCAGGACCAGCUGGCCCGGGACCACCUCCUCCAGCAGCUGUGGGGAGACACCAGAACCACCUGCCGGACCGUCUUCCUCGACCUCACCGCCAGUAAUGCCACGACUGCGGCUCUCGAGUUGAUAAAUGCAGCAUCACUGUGGAAAGAGUCAGGAACUGGCGUAGUGGCGCUGGGAAGGAGUGCGGGGGUGAGGGAGGUGCUCCUCCACCACAGUCUCCGCAACACCCUCCACGCCCUCUACCUCGCUCUCCACCACCACACCUUCAAUAACCGAGCGAUUUCUUUGACUAUUUCGAAGGCUCUAAGGCAAGGGGCAGUGGGAGGUGGUGCCGUGUGGGUGUACCGGCGGUGUCUCUACUGCAACAUGGGUGACGCUGACGUCCAGCUGGUCCGCCACUGUACCCUCCCCCACUGUGGCCAUCACCCUCCACACCUGCUGCAAGAGCAGGUGAGGGAUCUGAUGGGCCGCCAGUUUAGGGUGGUGGCUCUGCGACACUUCCCCUUCAUGGACUACCAGGCAGUGAGCCAGGAGCCAGGCAGCACCAUCCUCCCCACAGACUGUCUCGACAACCGAUUCAUCCAAACGCUCGCCGCAAAGUUAAACUUCACGUACACUAUGCAUGAGCAGCGAGAGAAGGAGUGGGGUGUGCCGACGGCCGGGGUGUUCGACGGCAUGAUAGGAGAACUACAGCGGGAGGAGACUGACUUCUGCAUGAUCGCGGCGCCAACACCGGAGCGUCUCCAGGCGGCCGAAUUCGCCCGGGGGUACCCCUCCACGCAGCUCGUCAUUGUCUCCCUCAGUCCCUCACUAGUUCCCGAAUACCUCUCAUUCAUCAGGCCAUUUGCUGGAGAGCUGUGGGGGGCGCUGUUGGUGAGCGUGGUGGCGUGGGGCGUGAGUCUGUGGUUCUUUCAGAAGGCAUGGCAAUGGGUGGCUGGAGGCCGUUCUGUGGACAUCACCACCGCCCUCCUGUACGGCUGGGGAACACUCCUGAACCAGCCUCCCUCUGAUCCCUCCAUCAGCAUUUCUGGCCAGGUGCUGGUGGGGUGGUGGCUGGUGUUCUGUCUGAUCAUUGGCACCGCCUUCAGCUCUUCGUUGAUCGCUCACUUGACGGUGCAGGAGAGGACGCGCACGGUGGAGACGUUCCAGGAUCUGCUGGACAGAGACCAGUGGAGCUGGGGCACAGAGCGGUGGCUCCUGUCUGGCGUGCCUUUGGAGUAUUUCUCCAAGCACUUCGAUCCUGUGAUACAACAGAUAUAUAAGAAAAUGCAGGUACUAAAUUCGUGUGUAAAGAUCCAAACAGCCCUGAUACAUUAA